GUCCAUCGUCUACAUUAUUGUUAUAAUAGCAGUUAUUGAAGCUAUUAGUAAUGAAGAGUCUUGGGAGAACUUCAAAAUCACUUUUUCCAAAUCCUAUCAAGAUAUAGCGGAAGAGAAGCUACGUUACAAAAUUUUUCUUUCGAACGUGUUGAGGAUCGAAGAACAUAAUGAGAAAUAUGAAAACGGUCAGUCUUCUUUCAAAAUGGGUGUCAACAAAUUCGCUGAUCUUACUCCUGCAGAAUUUCUGGAGAGAAUGGAAUACUCGAAAAACCUGACGUUAAAAUUUGACACCAAAAAGGUUGAAAUCGAUUUUGAUGGAGACCUACCUUCAGUAGUAGAUUGGACUAAAGAUGGGGCCGUUACAGAAGUUAAAGACCAAGGAGACUGUGGAUCUUGUUGGGCUUUCAGCACUACAGGAGCUGUAGAGGGGCAAUACUUCUUAAAAACUGAAAAACUACUUUCCCUCAGUGAACAACAACUGGUGGACUGCGCUACAGAUGGUUGCUAUGGUUGCUACAGAGGAAAUAACAACAAAGCUAUGGAAUAUAUCAUCGAAUCUAGAGGCAUUAUGCUGGAAGAAGAAUACCCAUAUGAAGAAGUAACGGGUACCUGCAGAUACAAUGAAUCGCGUAGAGCUGUCAGGAUAGAUUCAUUUGGAACCACGAAAGCAAAUAACGAGAAGGAAUUGCAGAAGGCCGUAGCCAUCAAAGGGCCAAUUUCAGUUUUGAUUAAUAUGUCUUUGUUUUUUCUAUCGUAUUCUUCAGGUGUUUUGGAUGAUACGAUGUGUGAUAAUUCAACGCAUGAACUGAACCAUGCAGUAUUAAUAGUUGGAUAUGGUUCGGAGAAUGGUAUGGAUUACUGGUUGGUGAAGAACUCCUUUGGUACCAGCUGGGGAAUGAAUGGAUACAUCAAAAUGGCCAGAAAUCGAAAUAAUCAAUGUGCGAUUGCAGCAAAUGCUAUUUUUGCAAUUAUAAACUCAUGAAUUAA